AUGUGGAAGUUCAUGGAGGCCAACCCCGAUGUUUUGGCACGAGAUGUCAAAGAGGGUGUUCGGAAAGUCAUCGACUCUAACAAAGACUACGCCUUCAUUCUCGAAUCCACCAUGAAUGAGUAUUUCAACCAGCGCAAACCAUGCACAACCAUGAAGGUGGGUCCAAAUCUGGAUAGUGGAAAGGGCUAUGGAGUAGCAACGCCUCCAGGCUCUGAUCUACGUGAUCGACUAAAUUUGGCGGUUCUCGAGCUCAAGGAGAUGGAUUGGAUCGCCCAACUCUACCGAACUUGGUGGGAGGAAAGAGGCGAAUGCGGAGAGGCAUCAAAGUCCACUGACAAAAAUUCCGCGACAAGUUCAUUGGGUUUGGACACUGUUUACGGUCUCUUCUACUUGCUUGCCGGAGCACUGGUGAUUGGAAUUGCCUUGGCCAUUCUCGAAUUCAUCUAUCGCUGUGCCGUUGAGGCCAAACGAAACAGGCAAACCAGCAGCAAUUUGGGGGAGAACUUCUCCUUUGACGCAGACAAGGAGACUGCGGUAGGGAAUUAA